AUGGUGAGAAAAGCUAAAGAAGUGGUGGCGGCAGCGGGAGCGGAAGGACAUCCGUGUGGAAGUCAUAUCACAGUCACAGCGCAGCAAUCACGGUAUGCACUGGAUGCGCUUGACGCGCCUGCUUCGAAAGAGAUUCUCGUCAAGGACCUGAGUAUUGCAGUUGGGAACCGAGAACUAGUCUCACGGACGACCCUGCACUUGGUAGAAGCGCGCCACUACGUGCUAGUCGGACGGAACGGAACGGGCAAGUCGACAUUGCUCACAGCCAUUGCCGACGGACUGGUCCCGGGUAUUCCUUCCAGUACGCGCAUCCUGCUCUUGGGGCAGACGGGUGGUCCAGGGCUCGGGCGGAUGACGGACGGGCUGAGGCUAGAGAGCGAGACUGUAUUACAACAUGUGGUCCGAAGCGACCGGGUCCGGGAACGCUAUGUGCAGGAAGCCAUGACACUUAGCGACGCGGUUGAGAACUCUAUUGACCCCAUUGCGCCAGUCCGGGCUUAUAGACGCAUUGGCCAUGCUAGGCUGGGUUUGCAAUUAAGAGAAGGGCAACUUAUUGCGGAGAGAAGGAGUGGCGCCCGGGGGAAGCAGGCAAGAAAGGAACUGGUCAAGCUUGAAGAGCUAUUUCAAGAAUCCGAGAAGCGUUUGGCCGAGAGUGAAGGAGAUAUGGAUCCUAUGACGCUGAGCGAAGAGACUCAGGCUGCUGUGAGCAUGCUCUCUGAAGUGCAGGCUUCACUGGAUCUCAUGGACGCAAACGCUGCAGAGUCCAAGGCCCGGAUGGUUCUACUCGGCCUUGGAUUCAAAGAGGAUCGUAUUGAUGGUCCGACAUCAGAGCUAUCCGGAGGUUGGAGGACACGCUGCGAGCUCGCCUGCGCACUAACACAGUACGCUGAUGUGCUAUUGUUAGAUGAGCCUACCAACUUUCUGGACUUGCCAUCGAUCAUAUGGCUACAGGGGUAUAUUAAUAAUCUUAAAAAUACGACAGUCCUGAUCACAACACACGAUCGUGACUUCGGAGAUGCAGUCGCUGAAGAGCUCCUCGUCCUGCGCAAUCAGCAACUCGAGCCUUUCCGUGGUAAUUUAAGCUUAUAUGAGCGGGAGAGAUGGAAGAAAUUUCGGUACUUGACCAAGAUGAAGGAGGCACAGGACAAGCAAAGAAAGCACAUGGAAAAGACCAUCGCAGGCAAUAUCAGAGCUGCUAAGGACAAGGGAGACGACAAAAAGCUCAAACAGGCCGCAUCCAGGAGGAAGAAACUUGACGACCGAAUGGGAAUGCAGGUCAGUGCCAAAGGUGGUCGGUUCAAGCUCAACCGUGACCUUGCAGGUUAUCAUACGUCGUGCCGUGGGGAGAUUGAGAUACCAGACUUUGAUGCCCCAAUAGAGCUGUCAUUUCCGCGUCAGCCACCCGACCUGCCCUUCCCAGGCGCAUUGGUAAACCUGGACAAAGUGUCGUUCGCAUACCCCACGAGCAGGAAGGCGCCAAUCUUGAGGGAUGUUAGCUUGACGAUACACGCAGGCGCGCGCAUUGGACUGGCUGGUCUCAACGGGUGUGGAAAAACGACGUUAGUGUCCCUGAUCAUGGACAGCAAUGGAGAUGGUCUCGUGCCAACGUCAGGAAGCAUUACGCGGCAUGCCAGGGCGAGAGUUGGUCGCUUCUCACAGCAGUCGGUGGAAGAGAUUACUGCAAUAGCGUCCGCGGAUCCUCAACUAACCGCCCUCGGGCAUGUAAUGAAUUCGGUCGGUGAUGAUGUGCAGGAAAAGGAUGUGCGAGGGGUUCUAGGGGGUCUGGGUCUGCACGGCCAUACAGUAUCAGACGUGCCACUAGUGUUGCUGUCGGGAGGGCAAAAGGUUCGGGUUGCGCUGGCCAAGUUGCUGUGGCCGCCGCCGCAUGUGCUGAUUCUGGACGAGGUGACGACGCACCUGGACGGAGAUACAAUCAUGGGCCUGGUGCUAGCGUUGAGGGGGUACAAUGGGGCGUUAUUGGUGGUGAGCCACGAUCGAUUCUUCAUGAGAACCGCCGUGGAGGGAGAGUGGCUGUACAAGCUAGCGCCAGGGGUUCGCAGGCCCGAGGGCGAGGCUGGCGGCGACGAGAGCGACUCAGACGACGAGGCAGAGACAGGGGUCGCUCCGGGAACCGUUUUUCGGCUGUGCAAAGGGCAGGUCCAGAGGCUAGCAGGCGGUAUGGAUGAGUAUGAGGAGAUUGCGGCACGAACGGCAGGCCGGCUAGGCAGGGCGGCGUUGGCGUGA